AUAAAAUUAUAUUGUUUUGAUGACUGAUUCUGACUGUGAGUCAUCGUCUGAAUAAUUAUAAUUAUUAUUUGCUCCUUGUUAGUUUUCUAAUUUAAGGCUGUGCCUAGUGCUAAUCUUAUAGGUCCUCGCGCCUAUUGUUUCUCGUGUUAAAAGUUUUUUAAAAGCCGUCAAACUGGGGAACGAAAUGUCUUCAUCCGCUAUGGAAAAACACCUAUUUAAUUUAAAAUUUGCUGUAAAAGAGUUAGAGAGAAAUUCUAAAAAAUGUGAAAAAGAAGAAAAGGUUGAGAAGGAGAAAGCUAAGAAGGCAAUACAGAAGGGCAACUUGGAGGGGGCUCGGAUACAUGCAGAGAAUGCCAUCAGACAGAAGAAUCAGGCGCUGAAUUACUUGCGGAUGUCAGCUAGAGUAGAUGCAGUGUCAAGCAGAGUGCAGACAGCACUUACUACUAGGAAGGUCACAAACUCCAUGGCUGGAGUAGUAAAAGCAAUGGAUGCGGCAAUGAAAUCAAUGAACUUAGAGAAGAUAUCAACACUCAUGGACAAGUUCGAGAGUCAGUUUGAAGACCUGGAUGUGCAGUCUUCAUACAUGGAGAAUGCAAUGUCACAGACUACCACUACCACAGUGCCUCAGGGAGAUGUUGAUAAUCUAUUGCAGCAAGUUGCUGAUGAAGCUGGUUUGGAGCUUAACAUGGAGCUACCCUCAGGAGUACCGAGCACCUCAGUGGGCACCGCCACCGUGGUGUCACAGGAACAAGACGAGCUCACACAACGACUCGCCAGAUUAAGACAAGCCGAGUAGCUAAUGUUGUACAGAUAUUUGUUAUAGAACCGCGGACGAUCCUGUUAGAAGAACUAAAUAGCCGACCAUAUGUUUGGGAAAAUCUGACGGAUCUGUCUGAUUAACGUGCUUGGAACGUUUUUCAAGCAGCUCUGAAUGUGUUAACAUUGUUAGCCUUUUUAUAGUCCCCACUGCAGAGGCCUGUCUGCCCAUACAACAAAGGAAUGUGCAUUAAUCACCACGCUUGAUCAAGGCGGAUUAUUUCAAACUGUAAGCCCACAUUUCUUCAACAAUUUUUCCUUCAUUGAUGUCUAAGAUACAUGUUGAAAAAAAGUACAUAUUACGUUAGAAAAGUUACAUUACCUCUCCUCUUUCUCUUUGGCAAUAUUUCCCCUCUUUUAGUACUUGAGUCACGUACAUUAACUAUAGAUAGGCCACUACAAUAUCCAAUGUAUAUGGUCGGCUAAUGAUGCAUAUUGUCUUUUAUAUUAUUGUGCA